AUGUCUUAUCCUAAAUCUCACUGGAAAAGUAGUAAAGGUAAAUGUGGGUUAAUAAAUAUUGGAAAUACAAGCUUUAUUAAUUCGAUUUUAUAAAUAUUUAGCAACAUACCUAUAUUUCGUAAAGUGUUUAAAAAAAUAUACAAAGUAUAUUCUAAUUUAAAUACUGACGCUGUACCUUCAUCUUUAAAUAAAAAAGUUACUUAUUAUUUUUCUAAACUUGUUGAUUAAAUUUGGUAAGGAUAACAUAGAGCUUUAAAACCUUUAGAAUUAGUUCAAGUUUUUUAUUAAAUUGAAAAAAGGUUUAAAGGAUAUGGUUUUAAAGAUCCUUAUGAUUUUUUCAAAUAAUUUGUCAAUAUAUUACAUGACGAUUUUAAAUACAUAAGUUCAAAAGCUUAUGAUAUGAAAAGAAAUACUCCUGUCUGUAAAAGCUUUUUGGAAGAAUGGGAUAUUAUAAAUAAUAUAAAAAAUUACACAGAUUAUUCUAUUAUUUCUUCGUCUUUUAAAGGAAAGCUAUGCGCAAGAGUUAAAUGCACUUAAUGCAAUUAGAUUUAUUGGUGUGAGGAGGAUUUUAUGGGAAUUUCACUUGAUAUACCUUAAAAAGGAUUCUUAUACAAAAAGGUAUAAAACCCACAAAUACAUAAAUAUUUAUUUUUAUUUUUAAAAAAUAAAUAAACUAUUAGUUUUUAUUGUGAAUAAUGUAAAGAUCAAGUUAUAAUUGAAAAAACAUAUACAUUUUUAACUCUUCCGAACAUAUUAUGUAUUCACCUAUAAAGAUUUAAAGAAAAGGCAUUUCAAAAAAAUAAAACAGUAAUAGAAUUUCCUAUAAACUAAUUAGAAUUUUCCCAUUUCAUAAAAGUAUACAUUUUUAAUUCAUAUGAUUAAAAAUUAACUUAAUUCGAAUUACUUGGACUUAUCGAACAUGAAUAAUCCUAAGGCGGAGAUCAUUAUUCUACAAUAGUAAGAAAUAAUAAAAACGGAUUAUUUUAUAAAUAUAUGGAUGAUAAUGUGAAAGUAAUUGACUAAAAUCUUGUUCAAGAAUGUGAACCUUAUAUUCUUUUUUACAAAUUAAAACAUGAAUCCGAAAAUGCUCUAAUUAGAAAUUUGCAUAGUUAAAUUAAAUUGAUUAAAUCAGGAGAAAUGAAUUUAAAUAUUAAUAAAAGCGCCUUUUUACCUUGUUAUUGGUAUGAAAAAUUAGUUAAUAUGGCGAAUCCGGGUAUGAUUAUUACAUAGCAUUUGAUUUGUUGCCAUGGGAAAUUAAAACCCGAUUUUUUUGAUUGUUUCCCUCCUAAAUAGAAUAAAAAUUCAGUUAUAAUUGCAGAUUCUUCAACUAUGGACCCUAGUAUUUUAGUUGAUAUGUCUAUUAACAAUGAUAAUCAAUGUGAUACUAAUUAUGCUAUAGAAUUUUUAAAUAAUCAAAGUGUUACAGUUCCAGUUGAAAUUGCAAAUUAUUUAAUUGAAUAAUAUGGUGGAGGACCUCUAUUAGAAGGAAAUCAAGAAAUUUGUAUAAAAUGUAUAAAACUAGCUAGAUCUAUUAAAAAAAGAAGAAAAUUAGAAAGAGAAUUAAUUGCAAAAUAUGAUAAAAAAUUUACUGAAGAAACAUACAUUAUUAACGAAGUUUGGAUGACUAAAUGGAAAGAAUAUUUAUAUUCAAACAAAAAAUUUUUGAAAAGAAAUUUUAUAAAAGGCUUACCUCCUCCAGGUCAAAUUUAAAAUAAAACAUUAUUAAAUGCUUAGAAUGAAUUGAAAUAAGGAAUGAAAAAAAAUGUUAAUUUUAUAAUUGUUAAUGAUUAUAUAUGGUAAAUUUUUAGAAAUUUAUAUGGCGGAGGUCCUGCUUUGGUUAUAAAUGAUUAUAAUUCAAGGAAAAAAAAUUAUAUUAAACCUUAAUUGACAAAAUAAGAUAUUGAAAUCAUUUAAGAAAUAAUAAUAAAAACCGAUGGUAAAUAGAAGGUCUUAAAGUCUUUUAAGAACAAAAAUAAGCUCUUCAAGUAUCAAAAGAUUACAAAGUGUUGA